AUGAGCGCAACUUCGAUUUGUCCACGUUCACAACUUGUUGGUACAAUAUCGGCACCGUCAUCGUCGAUUUUGCUUCUUCCAGCAACUCAAUAUUAUCCUACUCAAGUUGUGACCGGUGGAAUUAAUGGAGAGGUCUACUUUAUGAUGUGUGACGGUAGCACCGAUUUGGUAAGGAUGAAUCCUCGCACCAGCUCUCCGGUUACUGCAUUGACAAGCGGAAACCUGAGGGGAAGAGCAAGGCCCGAAUUGAUAGCCAUUUCUGCUGAUGGUUUCCUUCAAUGUGUGCACCCACCGUACACACAUGGUGCUAGUGUGUAUACUCAAACUGUGCAGUCUAAUAUAGCAGCUGCUCAUGUCAUGGAUAUUGAUGGGGAUGGGCAGGAGGAACUGGUAGUGAUAAUGACGGAUCGAGUAGUGCGAUCUUUUCGGUGGAGUGCCGAAGACUCUCGAUUAAAUCCUAUAAACAAAUGGGAAGUUCCUAGUCAGAUUUCGGCAUUCUCAAUAGGCGAGUCCGUAACCUCAUUAUGUGGGGCUGAAGCUUGGUUAUCUCAACUUGCAGCCAGGUUUUAUGUGUGUGUACCUUUCUCUGGUCAACAGCCGACUGUAACUUAUCCACAAAACAAAGAACUAGGAUCAGAUGUGAUGCUAAUUCCUUUCCGUUCCCACUAUAUUUUUAUAAUGGGAACGAUAAUAUCUAACAUAGUUAUUGUUGCUAACCAAAAAGAGAUUAUCCUGACAAAUCCUGGGUGGGGAGUUGCAGCUGCCGAGACUGUUCGUCAUAAAUCUUUUAGCUGUAUUGUAACACUCGAUAUUACUGGGAUGGUACUUGUGUACGGUUAUAAUCAACAAAGUGUAAAUAAGGCAGAAUUACCCCCUCUUCUAUGUUUCAACACAUUUUCUUAUGCAACUUAUUUAACAGCUGCUAUAUCUAAUGAUGUGCUACUAAUAGCUGUAAUGGGCGUUGUUGGCAAUGUAGUUGUGUACGAGAUCCCAGUGACGACGAUUGCAUCAGAGCUUAAAGAGUAA